ACCUUGUAUAUUAUUAUUGUAGAUAGAGUGAAUUUGAACAAAUUACUGCAAAUUAUCACGAAACUUCGUUGGAGCAAUAAGGACAACAGCAAUUAACUGCAGAGUAAGUUUCAUUGAUCUUUAUUUAGUAUUUCCUAGAAAUUUUAGGGUGAUAUUUUUACCCCAUACAAACACUGUAAUUUUACUGGAACCUUACUGUGGUACUAUCACAGAGCCUGGGUUACCUGUGCCUGAACAAGUUGGAUCGGUCACCUUCGAUCACGCUUCGAUACUCGUUCGUUUCAAUUCUAAAACGUCAGGUUGUUUUUGUGUUCAUUUGCCUUAAAAUCUCAACUUUUCUGUUUGCAGAUACUUAUUCGUUGCAGUCAAAAGAAAAGUGUAUGGCACUGAAGAGCACGACAUCAGCCAAAAGUCUACACGAUAAGCAAAUUAAGCAAACUUUAACUUGGGGUUUCGAUGAAACUGCUCCAUGAAAAUACUGCAUUUGUGUUGUGUGUUCGUGGUAUUAUAUUGCUAUAGCUUUCAAUUUUUCGUGUCAAAACCCAUUUCUUACCAAUGUAAAAGAUAUUCUUAUUCAUAUGUGUAUACUAUUUUUACUAUUCUGGUGAUUUUUACGAGGGUAUUUUAAACACUACAUUUACUUGAGCAGAUCAAAACCUACCUACAAAAAAGACUAUGUCAAUUCUAUGUAAUUUCUGUUUGAACUCUAAUUAAAGGCUGUGUAUGAUGUGCAUGAAGAAAUUUCAGGAGACACUGCUGGAUCCUCAACAGAGGAAGUGAAUGACAUGGGUAAGUUUUCCAUUGUAGAAUACAACAUCAAUAUAUUUCUAUUAAAAAUGCCAACUAAAAUAAAUAAUUGUAAAAUGCAAUGAUAUUUUUAACGUACAUUGGAAGGCACUGUGGCCUAAUGGUUAGCGUAAUGACUCUGGAUUGAAUGGUCGGGUUUGAGCCCUGGCCGGGUUCAUUGUGUUCUGUUCUUGAGCAAGACACUUCACUCUUAUUCUCCAUCCAGGUGUAUAAUUAGGUACCAGCGAAAUAAUGUUGAGGGGUAAUCCUGCGCUGGACUUACAUCCCAUCCACGGGGGAGUAAAGUACUCGUAGUCGCUUGAUGCUACUGAAACCAGGAUAAGCUUCAGCUGUAUGCGCCACUUGGCUUGAUGCCGACUUUACCUUACACAACGCACUAACUUGCACCUUGAACCUUUUUUGAUAGACCUUCUGGUUGCUUUUAAUUUACCGUUGAUGACUCAAACCCCCAAAACUUGAAACUUUUCAAAUUUCCACUGAGGGGUUCCAAUUGUCCAGACUCAACUGCACUACAAUACACCUGUAGUAAAUUGUGUUAAUCUAAUUUGAUCUUUUUCUCUUUAACAGUUACUAUCGGGGAGCCGAAAUACAACAUUAAAACAGACAGAGAGUGUUUUGACAAAAUUGUUAAGCAUUCUUCUUCACCCUUGGCAUUAGUGCCAAACCUCUUGGACAAUCUCAUUCCAAAAGAGGUCCAGCGCAUCUCAAACAUCAAGGGCAUGAACGGCAAAACUCCCUUGAACCCAAUGGUCCUGGCAGCCAUUAAAGGUAAUGUAUUUCUCUACUUUUAAUACCAGACAGACUGGCCUACCACAAUUAUAAUUGUUGCAUUUAAUUGUAAUUACUUGUGAGUAGUGUCUAUAAUUUUAAAAAAAUAAUAACAAAUUUGGCUUCAACAGAACUGUAAUAAUUCCCUUGCAGUAAUGCAUGUUGCCUAUAAAAAUAAAGACUAUAGAUUACAGCAAAGACAAUGUUAAUUUUCUGACCUGGGAAUUUGCUCUAUAACCAUGCAAAUUAUAUACCCUUAUAAAUAUAUACCUAGCUAUAGGGAUAUUAUUUAUGAUAAUUCUAAUAAAAUAUUUUUAAUCUGUAGGACAACUAAAAAGACAAUUCAAGUGGAGUGACGAGGAGUUGGAGAAGAACUGGGGAGGAAAGACUGGUGUCCAGCAAAAAAUUGCUGAUAAGUGCAGAAACUUAAAUAAAGCCAGCAACAAGAAAAACUGA